CACCGCUCUUGCGCACGCGCACUCGCUCUUCCAUCUCCUUCCUUUUCGUUACCACAUCAGCCGCCUCUUUGGACGCUCCGAGACCUCGAACUUCGUUUCCCAUGGCGGAGGAGACCCAGGAGAAAACCCUAACCCUAGCCGAGCAAUGGUCUCUCCAGAAAGAAGAGGAUUCAGGUAACAGUGAGGUCCCGGUUGCGGAAGCUUCAGAGGAUGAGAAACCUGUUGAUGCUACUCCUGAGGAAACUAGUAAGGACGAGAAGCCUGCUGAUGCCGCUCCUGACGAGGAAAUUGUCUCUGAGAAAAGUGAUGAAACUGAAACCCCUGCUACAGAUGAGGCUAAUCCUGUCGUAGAGGAGAACAACGAAACUCCUGAGCAAGAAGAAGAAGCCGAAGAGAAGCCUGAGAUAAAGCUCGAGACAGCCCCCGCUGAUUUUCGCUUCCCAACAACUAACCAAACAAGGCAUUGCUUCACCCGCUAUAUUGAAUACCACAGGUGCAUAGCAGCCAAAGGGGAGGGUGCUAAGGAAUGUGAAAAGUUUGCAAAAUAUUAUCGAUCACUUUGCCCGGGUGAAUGGAUCGAGCGAUGGAACGAGCAACGGGAAAAUGGGACCUUCCCUGGUCCUCUGUAGACGGAGGGGGCGAAAACCGCAAAACAAAAUCUCCGAAAUGUCUUGGUUGUUGUUGUUCCAUGUUUUCUAGAAACGGAAAAUAAUUUUGUAGACCGAGAGACUACUGAGGCUAUUAUUUGAAAAUUGUUAUUUAAAAUAAACAAAAUUCAUGACAAAUUAAUCUGUGCAUUAUUUCCUAACAACAGAGAGCAAAACUUCUCAAAAA